UUGAAACACACAUUCUCUUCUAGCUCGCCCCUCGAUCUGAACUCAUCUAGGGUUUCACACCCAGACAAAACCCACAGCUGCAACAAUGGAGAACAGCAACCCAAAAGCGGACCAGAUCGAGGUGGAAGUGUCUGAGUUCGAGAAUGAUUUUGAUGUCGUCUCUUACACCAAGUUCUACGACGAAUUCCUCAAUGUGGAUUUGCUGCAAGAAAGUUGGCCAAAAGUGGAAUCUUCUUUAGAAGAGUAUGGCGUUUUAUGCACCCUGGAUGUGGUUGAGGGUAAAAUGAAAGUUGCAAGAGCCACAAGGGAUCAAGACCCAAAUAUUAUUCUCAGGGCUAUGGAUGUUUUGGAGCUUUUGUCAAGAAGUGUUCCGGCAGAAUGGGCAAUACGAGUACUGGAUUGCAGUUUCCAGUACGACAUCAUCAAGAUUGGGAAUCAAGAAGAGGGGAUUUGCAAUAUGUACGGGAUCACUAAGGAGCAAUUUCUUGCACGAAGGAAGCUUCUGGCUGGCUAUGUCCUAAAGGUACUGUUUGAACUAACAGAUUGCGGAAUUUUUCUUAAGGGAAACACCAUUGCUGUGAUUGGUGGUUCACUCCAAGGAAUAAAUAUAGUAAGGAGGAUUGUGGAAGACUGCAUUGCUCAUGAUGUGCCUCCUCUACCCCGGGCGCGAUUGAUGAAAAAGAAGACUCAAAAGAAGAAGGAUGAGAUAAAUAAAGUGGCAAGUGAAUUGAUGACAAAUCUCGAGGGUUUAAAACAGAAUGUUAGCUAAAGUGUCAAAGCUCCAGAGUUUAAAGUCAAGGUUAUGGCACCGAGAAUCCAAUGGACAAGAACAAAAAGGUUGUUAGAAGAAAAUCAUGAUGAAGGUCAAGGUACUGAAAAAAGAAUGGAAGAGGUCUGCGAUGGUAAUAGUUUUUCUGCCUCAGUAACUGAAGCUGAAAGGACUUUUUCCACUAGAGGAACAAAUUCCAAAAUUCGAUCAAGAAGCUGGA